GACAAUUUUGCAAUGAUGGGAAGCAUUAUUGGAUAACUUUUAAACAUCGUUGGAAUGGAUGCCGCUGCGCUCACUUCCUUCCCCUUUGGAGGAAUCGUUGUCUCAUCCGUUUGUGCGAUCUUUCUCCUGGCCCUCAUGCUCUUGUCAUUCCGCGGCAGGAACCAAGAGGUGAUAGGAGCGGGCCGUGCGGUGCUGAUAACGGGCUGUGACAGCGGAUUCGGUCAUCAACUGGCCCGCAGGCUGGAUGCUCAGGGGUUUGUGGUUUUCGCCGGUUGUCUGUUUCCCAACGGAGACGGUGCCCAAACUCUGCACAGAGAGAGCUCCAGCAAUAUGAACAUUCUCAAGCUAGACGUCACUAAAGAUGAAGAUGUGACACAGGCAAGGACUGUGGUCUCAUCGAACCUGCCAGAGAAAGGGCUUUGGGCAGUUGUGAACAAUGCUGGCAUCUUAGACUGGUCAGAGACAGAGUGGAACACCAUUGAUGAUUAUCGCAAUAUGGCUGAGGUCAAUUUAUUUGGCAGCAUCAGGACCUCCAUAGCUUUCCUCCCAUUGGUUCGUGCCUCAAAAGGACGGAUGGUGUACGUCUCAAGCAUCUUUGCCUUCUUCAACUGUCUGACCAUGGGGGCCUACAGUAUGUCAAAGAGAGGACUGGAGGCGUUUGCCGACUGCCUACGGGUAGAGAUGGACUGUUUUGGAGUAAAGGUGAGCAUCAUCCAGCCGGGUAACUUUGGUCCUGCUACCAGCAUCCUGAGGCGGAGAACAGGGACAGAAAUCUGGGAGAAACUGGACGAGGAGCGUCAACAGAUGUUCAACAGACAGUAUGUGGACCUGGCUAAUAACUACCACAUGUCUACAUGUAUGACUGGCAACCAGGACAGCAGCCUGGUCAUAGACGCUAUGGUGGAAGCCCUCACAGCAGACAGACCUAAACGCAGAUAUCUGUUGGUCUCUAAGCUGGAUAUGUUGUUCUUCUAUGCCUUUCCCUAUCUGCCGACAUGCGUCACUGAUGCAGUUUUCUACCUCAGUCCCAUGUACAACAAAAGAAAAGCAAUGCUUUAUUCCAAAUAGAGAAUAUCUGUAUUAUGCUGGAGUGACAGUAGAGAAAGUGUAUGGCUUUGUGUUAUGUUGUAAUGUGCAAUAUUUUUAUAUCGCGCUUCUCACUUAUUCUGUGUUGCAAACUUGCAUGUGUCCCAAAUUCUCUGGGAAAUGUAUGCAUUCCUUCCCACCAACAAUACAUUCGGGAAGAAUAGAAGAUGUUCGGGACGUUACUAAGAGGAUUGAAUGGCAUGUUACUGUGUCUUGCAGCUGCUUGCCUCACUCAUAACCACAAAAUUACAUAUUUACCUGAUUUGUUUUAUAUUAAUAGUUAGGAAUUGAUACAUAAUAAAUAGGAGGAUAUUUCUGUCCUGUUAGUGUCUGUGUUUUUAUGGUCUCCCCUCUAAGUUUCCUGCAGCUAAUCUGGGCGUAUGGUCACCAGAGAUGGCUUGAGCUGACAAUUUAGUUAGACUGCCUUACAUAGACAAGAUGUGGUGGGUCUAACCGAGAUAGAGAUAGCCAGGAGGAGUUUAGAACAAUUCCUCAUUGUCUCUAAAUCAUCUAAGCCAGGGCGGGGUAAAGACAACAACCCACGUGCAGAUAACGGCAGGAUGAACCCAGAGUGGUUUGAUGCUCCUUGGUCUGCAUGAGGGGGGUUGAACCAACAAUGACAGAGCAUUGUUAGUGUCAGUUAUAUAUAGUACUCUGCAUUUGUGUAAAGGUUAGGUUACUCAGUCCAACACAAGGGUGGAGGGUC